AUGGAUUUCAUCACAAAAUUUGCCGAGAAUAAGCUCGCCGAGCAGUUUGGUUCGGGCAAUCAACAGGCACCCAAUCAAGCUAACUAUGGUGGUCAGGAAGAAUCUCACGGUGGACGAGCUCAGCAAGGGUAUGGCGAGCAGCAGGACCAAUAUGGAGGUCAACAAGGUAGCUACGGGGGUCAACAGGGCGGAUACGGAGGGGGGUAUGAGCAGGGUCAAUACGGUCAACAGGGUGGUAAUCAGGGCGGUGGAUAUGGUCAAGGUGGAGAGGAAUAUAACCGUCCUCAUGGAGGUGGAGGUGGUGGCGGUGCUGCUCGACCCGAAUUCGACCAAUCGGCCGCGAUGGAGGCUGCCAACAACCACGCCUCUAACGGUAAUGAGAAUGCGUCCUACUUCUCUAGCGCGCUAAACAUGGUGGGCGGUAUAGGAAAGCAGGAUGCCAAUGUAGAUGAGGAUGAAGUGCAGAGAAACCACGAUCAAGUGUACAACCAAGGUAAUGCAGGUAGCAUGCCUGCUGGAGCCCUUGGAAGUGCUGCCGCGUUGCAGGCGCUAAAAAUGUUCACCUCUGGCCAAUCAUCUGGAGGUAGUGGCGGUGGCGGCAUGCAGUCCAAGCUCAUUGGAAUGGCAAUGUCCGAAGCUGCCAAGAUGUUUGACCAGACGGGUGGUGGCGGUGGUGGUGAUAAACAAGAAGCCGUCAAUGGAGCAGCUGCGACAGUCAUGAAGCUCUUCCUCUCUCAAGGUGGUGGUGGAGGGCUUAUGGGAGGUAGCAAUUCGGGGGGACUUGGCUCUCUGAUGAGCAUGGCCUCCAAGUUCAUGUAG